AGCAAGAUUCACAAUCAUUCCUUUUUGGAUUCGAGAAGAGAAGGAGGGAAAGAUGCGUCUACCAUUUUUUGUCACACUUUUGUCUAUCGUCGUGUUGCUGGUCUCUGUGCAGUAUGUCUAUGAAGUCCAUUCUCAAGCGGCAGCAAUCCUGAAAGGCAUAUUUUAUGGAACACAGGCUGUUACAUUGGGUCUCUCUGUGGCUAGCUGGGCCAGUGGCGGAUGUAGCUACUAUCCGUCCAUAUGUGACCUAAAGGAUGAGAUUGAAGUCUUGACACCGCAAGUAGAGAACAUUGCAACCAGAUUGAACGGAGAUGCUGCGCGAUUGAAGGAGAUGGACGGAGUGAAUACCGACUUUUACAAUACCCUAACGACAGCCAAUGGCAAGAAUGAACGUAUUGUAGGCAAGUUGGAGAUGAUUCGACAGUAUUCUGCGGAUAUCGUCGUGUUACUAGAUAAAGUUGCGGGAAUAGAAGUGACAAAUAUUGACCCAGAGCAGAUGGAAACUGACGUGACUGCUAUUAACAACAAUAUUGCAGGCGUUAAAGCCCAGAUCAAAUCACUAAAAGAGAGUAUGCAAAUGCAUAAAUACAUGCAGGGGGCCUUCCUCGCAAUUGAAAUCUUGCCUAAGACCCUGUAUUUCGCCAACAACGCUUACAAACAUUACAAAUGGAGGAAGAGCAUGAAGAACAUUGACACUAGCAACUUCCAAAGGUCAAAGAUACAGAAGAUAACAGGGGCCCAGCAAGCCACAGGUGCUAAAAUGGGACGAAUGCAAAGGUACCUCAAUGCUAACCCUAGAAUUGCCAAAGCUCUGAAGGUUGCUGCAUAUGGUGUAGGCUUUCUUCUAAAUGGUGUGGUCUUGUACUUUGAUAUCACAACUGCAAAAGCCUCAAGGGACAGCCUGAGGCAAGUAAGGGACGACUUAAAGAGCAUCAUAGCUGACACUGCUGAGACCCAAAAGACCAUAAGAGAUAACAUAGCUACUGAAAUCACAGCUGCCGCGGAGAUGGAAGUCAGCUAUGGGCAAAUUAAAGAAGGCUUUGUGAACAGCAGUGACUUCAUGAACCAAGUGAGGGAAUACUCGGAUGAUUAUUACGAUCAGAGCAUAGCCAGUAUACCGGUCUACACUGAGAACAAUGUGGAUAAGAAUAACCUCGUCUCAUGCCAAAAUCAGUAUAUCGACUGGCUCAUUUCACAGGAAGGAAACCUACAGGGCUUCUUCAAUCGAAUGAAAGCAGUGGAAUCUGUCGUGAACAUGGUGAAAUUACCAACUCCGCCCAUGUUUGCGUUCCAGCUUUUGAUGAUGGCAAAAGCACAUGACCCCACAAUUGAAUUAGAUGUUUUAUUGGAUGUAAUAGCGGACACCAAACAAGACCUAAAUAGUUGGCCAGAUAUGGAUAUGACCACUUAUCAGAUGUUACAACACGAUCUAACGCAGUAUAGGAACUAGACAUUGAACAGUAUCUAGAUAAAAAUCAUUGACAGACAAUAGGAAAACAAAACGUCUUUAAUGUAAACCAACACAAAAUUUCCAUCAAAUAAAACAAUACACGAGUCUUUAAAAUAAAACAGAUAGUUUUUACAAUAUCAUGUGCGCACUAAGUUUUUAUCAUGAUAUAUUAGAAAAUGUGUCCAGAUAUAGCCUAUAUU